AUGGCUGCUGCAAUUGUUCCGUAUGAUCAAGAUGGCGCAGAUGAUGCAGAGCCAGAGACUCUUGUGAAGCUUCCCGAAAAAGGGGUACUUGCCAAGAGGUGGGAGCAACGAGCUUUGAUCCGUGAGAGUGUUCGCUCCAACAAGAAGCUGCUGCUGUGGCCUAGUCAGCUUACCACUGGCGUUGCAAGCCAAGCUGCACUCAAAAUCAACCGCAUGGCAAUCGCGGACCUCAUUUCCGAGUGGGGUGCUGUAUGCACGGAGCCCCGCGCGCCGCCGGUUCAAUGGUUGAGGGAAGAGGUCAAAAUUCUUCAUUCUCUUCUGUUGCCUGAGAUCGACAAUGUCAUACAGUACGUGGAUGCUUGGGGUGCGAAGAGACUAUGUUCCCUCGCUAUCAGGCGUUUUCGUGCUGGCAUCAAGAACUUCAGGGACCCACAUUUGGAAAUGCGUAAAAUCACAUAA